GACUCUUGCGUGGGAACAAUUUCGAAACGCCCAAGCAUUGUGGUGAUUUCGUCGAAGCCGUGGUCUGGGUCCUAGACGCGGUGCAGCGAACACUAUGAGGGGAAUCUCACAAUUAUGUCUACUGUCUGCGGCGACGGUGGUAUCAGCGCAGUUGAACCUCAAUCUACUCGACUAUGGCCAACUAGGACCCCUUCUGGGCAGCUCCUUUGGGCUCCCCGGCACGAACGCAACCUUUGACUAUGUCGUCGUUGGAGGAGGUAAUGCUGGGUUGACCAUAGCCUCGCGGUUGGCCAUGAAUGGCUCAGCCAGUGUCGCUGUUGUCGAGGCAGGCGGUUUCUAUGAGCUUGAUAAUAGCAAUUUGACUGUUAUCCCGGGCUCGGCAACUUAUUUUACUGGAUCGGAUCCUAACAAUUUCCAACCGCUCAUUGACUGGGGAUUCAACACUGUACCGCAGAAGUACUCUGCAAAUAGAGUUGUUCAUUAUGCGCGCGGAAAGACACUGGGUGGUUCAUCCGCCAGAAACUAUAUGCUCUAUCAGCGUGCUACGGUGGAUAGCUUGCAGAGAUGGGCGGAUGAGGUGGACGACCAGAGCUACACCUUCGAUAACCUGCUUCCAUAUUAUAAGAAAUCCUGCCAUUACACGGGUCCAAACAAGGCCCUGUAUUAUAAUUCCUCAAACACUCAAGAUCCGGAUGCCUUCAGCUCGUCUGGUGGUCCACUCGAGGUUUCAUUUAGUAACUUUGUGGAUCCGUUUGGCACAUGGGCACGAAAGGCAUUCAUCAACGUCGGCAUGAAGCAAAUCGAUGGCUUCAACAGUGGGAAGCUACUCGGGUCCGCCUAUGCAACGCUGACUAUCAAGCCAGAGAAUGCACACCGGUCAACUUCAGAGUCCAGCUUCUUACAAGAAGCGCUCAAUGCCGGAGCCAACAUCAAUGUGUAUAAGAAUACCAUGGCGCAAAAGAUCUUAUUCGACUCUAACAAAACGGCCACAGGUGUGCAUGUCAUGACUGCCGGUACUUUCGGUACUCCGUCUGUGAACUUCACGCUCAGUGCGCGCAAGGAAGUCAUCGUUUCAGCAGGAGCUUUCCAGUCUCCUCAAUUGCUGAUGGUUUCUGGUAUUGGACCCUGCAACAAUCUUUCUGAAUUCGGUAUCUCCUGUAUCAGUGACCUCCCGGGCGUUGGCCAGAAUAUGCAAGAUCAUCCAAUCUUUGGAAUUGCCCACCGUGUUGGUGUGAACACGGCAUCUGCGAGCAUCAACAAUAAAACCCUGGCUGCACAAAGUGUCCAGCUCUACCUCAAUAAUGCGACUGGGCCGCUGUCCAUCUUUGGGCCGGGUUACUACGGAUGGGAGAAACUUCCCCAGCCCUACCGCUCAUACAUGUCCAACGGCUCUAUCAAAGCUCUCUCGACCUUUCCUGCAGACUGGCCAGAGAUCGAAUGGCUCCCGGUAGCUGCGUAUAAUGGAUACAACCUCAAUAAACAAACAGCUGACCCUCACGACGGCCAUAACUACGCCACCGUCAAUACUGCCCUUGUUGCACCUUUAUCUCGUGGAACAGUCACACUCGCCGGUCCUGAUAUGAACACACCCCCAAUAAUCGACCCGAAAUGGCUCUCUCAUCCCGCAGACCUCGACCUCGCAGUCCAGUCCUUCAAGCGCCAGCGCCAAGUCUGGGAUGAGCUGGCCAAGCUCGGCAUUGCUGAUCCUGAAGAGGCCUUCCCUGGCUCGAACUACACCACCGAUGCGCAGAUCAAGGACAUCAUCGGCCAAAGCAUGACGACCGUCUACCACGCAUCGUGCACGUGCAAAAUGGGUUCGAAGAACGACACGAAUGCAGUGCUAGAUAGCUCUGCUCGUGUUUAUGGCGUGCAGAACUUGCGCGUUGUUGAUGCGAGUAGUUUUCCGUUCUUGCCUCCGGGACAUCCCCAGUCAUUGAUCUACGGACUUGCAGAGAAGAUUGCUGAGGAUAUUCUGAGUGGGUAGAGUAAAUAGUAAAUAUGUCUCUGGUAUUGCAUAUAUUAUGCAUGUAUAGGUGUAGAUGCAUCUGCUAUGUUUUGACGAUGUUAUGCUACGCUCUGUAUAUAGGAAUAUCUAACUUUCCACUUAUCAACCGAUCUCGUAUAGUCGUGUACUCAUUUGCUCGACAUAUAGGUUACAGAUCUUUAAAGACGAGAAAAAUU